AAUCUCUUCCGCGUCAUUCAUUCUGCUAUCAUUCUAACUGUUGAGAAGAACUUAAAAGAGAAAAAAAAUGUCUCCUCGCGGGGCUUCUGUUUUUAUACUUGUCUUCGUAUUUGUGUCGAUGUUAUGUGGCACAUUUUCAAUGCCUUCAUUUGUCUCCAAACGUUUGUGUGAAAACUGUGUAGAAAACAAGCAUACAAAUUCAUGGGACUAUCUCCUCUUUGUGAACGAGUGGCCAGAGUCGUUUUGCAAGUUCUACAAUGCAUCACACGGACAUGAUAAAAAAGCUGAGAAAAAAUGCGUCAUUCCGCCAAGCGUAUCAACUUGGACCAUCCAUGGCACAUGGCCCAAGAAGACAGGCACCAAAGGACCAACGAGUUGCAACAAUACUUGGCAAUUCAAAUUAAGUCAAAUUAAAGAUCUGGUUCCUGUACUGAACAAAACUUGGCCUGGGCUACUGACAGCAAAAGAAUAUUGGAGUUUUUGGUUACAUGAAUGGGAUAAUCAUGGCACUUGUGCAGCUAGUCUUCCUGUUCUGUACGGUGAGCACAACUAUUUUGACAAAACGCUCCAACUGAAGCAACAACAUAACAUUGACAAGAUCCUGAGCAGCAGUGGCAUUAUUCCAUCAUCGACUGUCAAAUAUACUCGGGAAAAAAUCCUGGAGUCUGUCAAGAAUGCUACCGGGGGCAUGCCAAAUCUUAUUUGUUUCCAAGAGAAUAGUGGCUCUGACUUCAAGCAAUACCUGCAGGAGAUCAGAAUGUGCUUGGAUAAAUCCCUGCAACCAUUUGAUUGUCCUGAAUCGGAAUGUAUGCACUUGACAAUGGCAUACAGCAGCCCUUGCUCAUCCAAGACUCCCAUUGCAUUGCCACCACUCACAACAGGGAAUACAGUGGUGUAG